UGCGUUGUGUCAGAAAGAGACGUAUCUAGACCUAAGGUCGGACAGGGGGGGGCAUAUUAAGUUAGCUGUUUUCUUUAUUGGGGGGUAAAAUCCAAGGCUAAAUUUGAGAUAGAGUUGUUUACAAAGUCGGGACCUCGUUUUUCUUCAUCCACCUCAAGUGAACACCCUGAAGACAACACCCUCCUGCAGAAAACCCUCAUGUUCACACACCGUGGGUCGUUUUCUGCCCCUAAAGUGUCAGUUUAUCUCCCUCAUGAGUCCAUAUGUCUCAUCGCUGUUUCAGCCUUUUGCAACAUUUCCUCGGGAACAGAUGCCUCAGUGAUUUUGCUCUUGUCGUAAUCAGUUUUAUCUGAAAACUCCACUUUCGACUGGAAACAGCAUUUUGACAAAUCAUUGUUGUUUUUUCAUGUUUCUGGAGUGUAAGCCUAAAUCACAUCCAUGUAGCCCCUCCUCUUUCCGCUGCAACUGUACCGCUGACGAAGAGCCACAACACCAGAGAGCUGCGAGUCAGUCUGACACCAAACACAGAGGAAGACAGGAUCUCCAGAGAAUAAACGAACACAACAAGGACUCAAGUGCGAGAAUAAGGAUAAACUGACAUUUCUUGGAAUGUGCCAAAGGGAGUAAGGAGACUGGAUCUCGCCUCUGUAGGAUUUGUGUUUGUGAGUAAAGACUGUAAACUAAACAGCUUUUCUUCCAUGUAAAGUGGAUCCUUCCUGACUCUGGAGAACACUUUUCCUUUCUGUACUGUAGCAUGGAAGCUUUAGGUUGUAAGCAGGCAAGUCCAGUUCAUGAUGUAUAUGUGCGUGUUGUUAGUUGAUUGAACAGUUUAUUAAUAACAAUGGUUGAACCGGUGGGGUUUGUGGCAGCUUGGAGAGCCCAGUUCCCUGAGUCUGAUCCCCCUUGCAUGGAGCUGAACUCACUGGGGAACAUUGAACAAGAGCUGGACAAAUGCAAGGCAUCUAUCCGGCACUUGGAGAAGGAAGUAAACAAGGAGCGCUUUCGGAUGAUCUACCUGCAGACUCUGCUAGCAAAAGAGAGGAAGUCUUAUGAUGGACAGCGGUGGGGGUUUAAAAGCACACCUCUAAUGAAUGAUGGAGACAUGCCCAGUGGUGCAGACAGGUCCCACACAGAUGAGGUAACAGUGGAGGAGCAGCAGCAGAGAGGGCCUGGCAAGACAGCCAGGUGUAAACCACAUCCAGAAGGAGAGGUGGAUGGUGCAUCCCCGGCCAAACAGAAGGGUGGGGUAUCACCUGUUCGCCAGGAGUCAGAGAUUCCUGAUUUCCCAGUGGGCACAGGCUCAGUAGCAGCUCUGAGGUCCAACUUUGAGCGCAUCAGGAGGGCCAACUCUCACACAGCCGGAGAUGGCAGAGGGUUGUCAGUGAUGGCCAGUCAGGAUAAACCUUUCUAUGUAAACAUGGAGUACCAUCAUGAUCGAGGGCUGGUCAAAGUCAACGACAGGGACGUCUCAGACAAGAUCAGCACCCUGGGCAGUCAGGCCAUGCAGAUGGAGCGCAAGAGGUCCCUGCACUCGCUCCCAGGGAACCUUUCGGCUGCCUCAGGUGACAUCAGCAAAGCUGUUCAGAGAGGCAGAUCAACUGAGGGGAACUGCAGCUACAACGGGUCGUAUGAUGACGCCGAGGUCAGCCCACACUUCCUGAAAGACAGUGUGAUCCGUUCCACUGGGGGGAAGUCUGAGCGGCAGCCAGCAGAGUGCCAGCCUUACACCAGUGUGUAUGUUGGGGGAAUGAUGGCUGACGGGGACACCCGAGUCAUCCACAUUAGGGACCACAGCAUAGACGAAGAGGCACACCUCACUUGGCCGAGGCGCUCCUACUCUCCCGGCAGCUUUGAUGAUGUGGGAGGAGGCUACACACCAGACUGCAGCUCCAACGAGAACUUAACAUCCAGCGAGGAGGACUUCUCCUCAGGCCAGUCCAGCCACGUGUCUCCCAGCCCCACAACCUAUCAGAUGUACAGGGACAAAAGCCGCUCACCGUCCCAGCACUCCCAGCAGUCUUUUGAAAGCAGCAGCCCGCCCACACCUCUGUCUCAGAAGUGUCUGAAGCAGCAGGUGAUGGUGUCCGAGGCCUCCAUCAUUGGGGUGCGUAAAACGGGCCAGAUCUGGCCCAGUGAUGGGAACUCCACCACGUCCAGCAGGACAUCUCAUGACAACAGUGUUCAAGGAGAUCUGGAGGCUCCCUACAAUGAGACCCCUCCAUCAUAUGGCUACGACUUGGAGCACUCAGAGGAGCACCAGCCUCGACACGACCCUCUAUCCUUCAGCAGAUCCCCGUCCUCCUCGCCACGACUCUGCUCCAAGAGCCGGAGCAGCCGAGACACCCAGUCCUCUGGCUCUCUGGAGUCCACCCUAUCGGUGGAGUUGGACCAGGAGAAGGGGCUGGAGAUGAGAAAGUGGGUUCUGUCAGGAAUCCUGGCCAGUGAGGAGACCUAUCUCAGCCACCUGGAGGCCCUACUGAUACCCAUGAAGCCUCUGAGAGCUGCAGCCACAACUUCCCAACCAAUGCUGACCAUCCAGCAGAUAGAGACAAUUUUCUUCAAAGUACCAGAGCUUCAUGAGAUCCACAAGGACUUCUAUGAUGCUCUGCUGCCCCGAAUCCAGGACUGGGGCCACCAGCAGUGUGUGGGCGACCUCUUCCAGAAACUGGCGAGCCAGCUUGGAGUGUAUCGGGCCUUUGUGGAUAACUAUAAGGUUGCUGUGGAGACGGCGGACAAGUGCUGCCAGGCAAAUGCUCAGUUUGCAGAGAUAUCUGAGAAUCUCAAGGUCAAAAGCACAAAGGACUGCAAAGACCAGUCAGCUAAAAAUUCACUGGAAACUCUUCUCUACAAACCCGUGGACAGAGUGACGCGCAGCACACUCGUUCUGCAUGACCUCCUGAAGCACACACCCUCCAACCACCCAGACUACCCGCUGCUACAAGACGCCCUGCGCAUCUCACAGAACUUUCUGUCCAGUAUAAAUGAAGAGAUCACCCCGCGCAGACAGUCCAUGACAGUUAAGAAGGGAGAGAACCGUCAGCUGCUGAGGGAUCGCUUCAUGGUGGAGCUGGUCGAAGGUUCCAGGAAACUCCGCCACGUCUUCCUCUUCACCGACCUGCUGCUCUGCACCAAGCUGAAGAAACAGGCUGCGGGAAAAGGGCAGCAAUAUGACUGUAAGUGGUACAUCCCACUGGCUGACCUGACCUUCCAGACCCUGGAGGACUGCGAGUCCACUCCCAUCCCUCUGGUCCAGGAUGAGGAGAUCGAUGCCAUGAAGAUCAAAAUCUCCCAAAUCAAGAACGAGAUCCAAAGAGAGAAGAGAACCACCAAAGGACCAAAGGUGAUUGAACGACUGAGGAAGAAGUUAUCAGAGCAAGAGUCUCUGCUGCUCCUCAUGUCACCCAACAUGGCGUUCAGAGUGGCCAACAGAAACGGCAAGGGUUUCACGUUUCUCAUCUCCUCUGACUAUGAACGUGCCGAGUGGAGGGAAAUCAUUCGCGAGCAGCAGAAGAAGUGCUUUAAAAGCUUCUCCCUGACCUCUCUGGAGCUGCAGAUGCUCACCAACUCAUGUGUGAAACUCCAAACUGUUCACACUAUUCCAAUGACAAUGAAUAAGGAAGAUGAUGAGUCUCCUGGUUUGUACGGCUUCCUAAAUGUCAUCGUCCACUCUGCAUCAGGGCUGAAACAGAGCUUAAACCUUUACUGCUCUCUGGAGGUGGAUUCUUUCGGCUACUUUGUCAACAAAGCCAAAACACGUGUGUACAGAGACUCCACAGAGCCCAACUGGAACGAGGAGUUUGAGAUUGAACUGGAGGGCUCUCAAACUGUGAGGCUGCUCUGCUAUGAGAAGUGCUGCAGUAAAACCAAGCAGAGCAAAGAGGACGGAGAGAUCACAGACAAGAUCAUGGCCAAAGGACAACUAAAGCUGGAUCCUCAGACACUACAAAAUAAAGACUGGCAGAGGACCGUCAUCACCAUGAAUGGGAUUGAGGUGAAGCUUUCAAUGAAGUUCACCAGCAGAGAGUUCAGUCUGAAGCGAAUGCCUUCCAGGAAACAGUCUGGUGUCUUUGGAGUAAAGAUCAACGUAGUAACUAAGCGAGAGCGCUCCAAGGUUCCCCUCAUCGUGAGACAGUGUGUAGAGGAGAUUGAGCGACGAGGGAUGGACGAGGUGGGAAUCUACAGAGUGUCUGGCGUUGCAACGGACAUCCAGGCACUGAAGGCUGCCUUCGAUUCAAACAACAGAGAUGUUUCUGUCAUGAUGAGGGAGAUGGAUGUAAAUGCCAUUGCUGGAACACUGAAGCUGUAUUUCCGUGAGCUGCCAGAGCCUCUUUUCACUGAUGAGUUGUACCCCAACUUUUCUGGAGGCAUCGCUCUCUCUGACUGUGUGGCCAAGGAGAGCUGCAUGCUCAACCUGUUGCUGUCUCUACCAGAGCCCAAUCUGGUGACCUUCCUCUUCCUACUCGACCACCUCAAAAGGGUGGCUGAUAAUGAGAGCAUCAACAAGAUGUCUUUGCACAAUCUGGCCACAGUUUUUGGCCCCACUUUGCUGCGGCCCUCUGAAAAAGACAGCAAAAUCUCAAACAGCUCCCAGCCUAUCUCCAUGAAUGACAGCUGGUCUUUAGAGGUCAUGGCUCAGGUGCAAGUCCUCCUUUACUUCCUUCAGCUGGAGAGCAUCCCAACACCUGACAGCAAACGUCAAAGCCUUCUCUUCUCUACUGAAGUAUGACAGGAACAUCAUGCUGUGCUCAUCUGUAAAUGUACUGUUCAGAGGCAGAAUAUCUGCUGCUUAAUGAGGUGGAUGCUGCUGAGCAGCCAGGGCUGGCUGCUUUACUCCAAGGAUGCUUAAUUUUGCCACUAGGUGGAGCUGUCAUCUUAAUGUAAACUGGAAACAGCCACCAUGACCAAAGCCAUUUCUUUAGGAGAUGUGAUGAGCAUGUGUGUUCUGUUUAUUUCCAAGCUUGCCUGCUGUGUCAGUAUAAGACAACCCUAUAUGAUGUAUGGAAAAAAUAUAUAAUUCUUUUUAUUAAAAUUUAAUUUAAAUUUCAAGAAGCAUUAUUUACUAUAGGUAAUCAUUUCUGCCCUGCCACUGUGCACAUUUGCUUCACUGAGGGGGAUUUUUGCUGUAGUUUUUGUAAGAUGUAUUACUUUUGAAUGAGUGGUUGGAUGAAUGGGCAUAUUUGUCAUGUCUAUACAUGUUUUCCCCAGAAGUGUUUGACUUGGUUGAAAGCUCACCUGUGCCAAUGUUCCCCUGCUGAUGACCAAUAGAACAUUUCCAUUACCCUAAUGUUUACACACACUGUUAAUUUUGUAAAAGUAUGAGACUGAAAACUGUAGUUAAAACACAGCAACAUGCAGGCAUGUUGACCGAACCAUUUAAAGUAGUAUCUGUGCUAUACAAUUUGUAUAGCGACUUUAUUCAGUUCACAUGUUCUUCGGGUGGUUUCCGAGCCAGCUUAUGUAGAUAUGAGUGCUUUUUUGGAAGUGGUACAGAGAAAUCAUUCCAGGAAAAGGAGAGGCCUGAUCCUUCCACCCAUGGAAUGUAUACUGUGCUGUGUAUAAUUUUAAUUUCACAGUUAACUUUUGUUCGCAUUUCAUAUGUUUUGUGUCAAAGUUGUUUUUUUCCUGAUUUGAUUUAUUCUGUUGAUCUUCAAUGUUUAUGUUUUGCUUCAUGCAUUCCUUCUCUGUAGUCUACCUAUAUAGGACAAAACCACACUGCUGUAGAGAUGAGAGCACCUGGAGAUUAUCUCAAAUACCAAAUGUUCCCUAGUAGGACUCGUACAGCUCAGUGAUUCACUCAUAUCUAAGUCUCCUGGCUUAUGAAUAGGUUUAUCAUCCACAUGCCUAGUGAAACUUACUGAAAAUGCACUGUGUUCUCGCAUUAAUAUUU